UGGUUCUCGAAGCAAAUGCUGAGGGCGAGGCACCAUAUCAGCGACUACCACUGGAUACCCGACAUCUCGAUUCUAAAGUGCGGAAAUCGAAGAAGGGUGAUCAUAUUCGAGGCAGAGGUGGAUUGCGUCCAAGUCUCAAAGACUUCCCUACGGAAUGGCUUCCAAAGCGUCAAGAAAAUGUCAUAUCUUCUAUACUUCCAUCUCAAUAAUAGACUGUAUCUCUGGGCGGGGCGGCCGCUAUUAAUCGGUCCGACAUCAUGAUCACGAGUGUAUGGCGAAUCAUCCAAAAUAUGUUAUAAGCUUAUCGAUGAACAAGCCCGCAUGCUUUUCUCCUUAUCUUCCCUAUGGCGAAUACAAUUCGUGCGUCUGUGAUUCAAUCCUGCACUGUCCGUUUCAAUCUAUCAGAAACAUUGGACAAAUUUGAAAAGCUGACUAGACUGGCGAAAGAGCGUGAUGGGUCACAGCUCGUUGUAUUUCCCGAAGGCUUCAUCGGGGGCUACCCGAAAUGGUCGACCUUCUCAUGCUUUGUAGGAGAGAGAGUUUCAGAGGGCAGGGACGAGUUUGUCAAGUAUUAUAACGCGGCGGUUGAGAUUCCUUCGCCAGCGACAGAUCGUAUCGCAGAGGUGAGCAAGGCGACAGGGGUUUUUGUGGUCAUGGGGGUCAUCGAGCGUGAUGUCGGGACGCUCUACUGUACCGCUAUAUUCGUCGACCCCGUUGAAGGCCUAGUGGCAAAGCAUCGAAAACUACUACCGACAGCAUGUGAACGUUUCAUCUGGGGGCAAGGCGAUGGAAGCACGCUUCCCGUUGUAGCAAAGAAGUUCCAAUCCUCCGUCGAGCCAACGCGUACUGUCGAGACGAAGAUAUCCGCUACCAUAUGUUGGGAGAAUUUUAUGCCUUUGCUCCGAACUUAUUAUUACUCUCUCGGGACGCAGAUCUAUUGCGUACCGACUGUUGACUCGCGUGAGACUUGGGAAAGCUCCAUGCGACAUAUCGCAUUCGAAGGACGUUGUUUCGUGCUUUCUGCGUGUCAAUUCGCGACCGAGAAAGACUAUCCUCCGGACCAUCCCGUUGCAGAUGCCAGUAAUCGCAAUCCUGACAAUGUCAUGAUUAACGGUGGCAGCUUGAUAGUCAGUCCUCUGGGGAAAGUACUCGCUGGUCCCACGAGGAAGCCCGAGGACAUCCUGACUGCAGAUCUUGACCUUGAUGACGUUGUCCGAGGAAAGUUUGAUCUUGAUACUGUGGGACACUAUUCUCGUCCAGAUGUCUUUCAGCUCAAAGCAAAUAUCUCGCCAUGAUUUAGGCAGGGGGGCCCAUACUCAAGAAAGAGGAGAGUGUAACGACAAUCUCUCAUUAUCAUUUCCACUGCCAAUAUCAUGUCUGUCAAGUUGAUGUAUACAAUGAACACCGUGUCCACUACUAACAGUUUCCACUGACAUUG